CUUGAGCGUCAUUUCAAUCACUCACGAAGCAGAUCUCCUUCAGUCUGUUAAAAACCUCUUAUCGGUGACAUAAACGCGUGACAACAGAUCGGAUCCGAGCGCGUAGCUGUCGCCUAAUCCGCGUAUACUUGUGAAUGAGAAAGCAGGUUCGGUUGAUUUGUCCGCCUCUUCCCGUGGGACUCAGUUUGAGGUCGCUAAUCGAGAGAGGCGGAUACAACACCGCCCCUCCGGGCUCCUCCCGGCGGCAAAGCGAACGUACCCCGUGGGCGCAACUGGGGAAGGUGGAACAGGUAGGCGUCCUCCUGCUGACUCGCUCGCCUCAGACGCUCGCUGCUGUUCCGGGAGUAAUUGGACCUUUUAGGUCCGGGCCAGAACUUCUCGUGGGGGUCGUUUGGUUUGCUCAAACAAGGAAGAGGAAUUUGCAAAAAAUAAAUAAAUAAUAAUAAUAAAAAAAUAAAUAAAUCAGUUGUUUAAGACAAGAACUGCUUUCCACUCAUGGAUCAAUCGGGAUAAAGUUUAUUUUGGUGCCACCUGGAAGGAAAAACAAUGCAGAUGGUGCCUCAUCACUAGCUGAUCUCAGAGGAAAAGAGGACGCUCUUGAUUACACAGCUGAUCCCGGAGAGGUCAGACUCCCUGACCCACAUCCCCCAGCAGGAGGAGGAGGAGGACAUGGAAGUUCUGCGGCGUUCUUCUGUUUUUGCAGCCGAGGUCCUGGAUGUGUUUGAGCGAUCGCAUUCUGAGAAGGAGCUGGUGUCCCAGUCGAAAGCGUUGUGCAGAGACUACAUCCUGUCCAGACUCCACCAAAAUGGGCUGGGGUGGUCCAAAAGCGAAAUCAAUUUCUGUCCUUCCAAUGCGGCUCUCUCCGAGGUGACUAUGGUUCUCCUGUGUCUAGGAGACGAGCUGGAGUGCAUACAGCCUGGUCUGUACAGGAACGUAGCUCGGCAGCUCAACAUUUCUGUUGCCAUGGAGAACGUGGUUUCAGAUGCCUUCCUUGGAGUGGCAACAGAGAUUUUCUCAGCAGGUAUAACAUGGGGUAAGGUGGUGUCCAUGUAUGCAGUCGCUGGAGCCCUGGCUGUGGACUGCGUCAGACAAGGUUACGUCACCACCGUGCACAUCUUGGUGGACAGUCUUGGGCAGUUUGUUCGCAGAUUCCUGGUUCCCUGGUUGAAAAGGAGAGGAGGAUGGGCUGAGAUCACCAAGUGUGUGGUGAAGAAGGAGCUGACCUCCGAACAACCCUGGUUGUCGUCUGUCAUGGAGUCAGUCAAGUACGCUCUCACCACGAUAUACGUUUACGUCAUGAAGGAGCCGUGAACAGCUGGCCAGUAGGACGAGAUGAAAACCUCAGAGUUGUCACUAAAAGCUGGAGCGCAGAUGGUCGCCGCGCUCGAUGAGGUUUGAUCUGCUGCCGCUUUCCGUCUGUUGCUACCUGGUUACCGACAAAUACUUCCUGAGCAGCAUGUUUGUUGUCUCCGUGCCACGCUAAGCCUGAAAGUGAUUUCCCUUCAACCAAAGAGUAAUCACCACAAUAUUAACAGGCAUAUCUUUUGUGUCACUCCACAUCUUUUAUGCUUUUUUUUCUCCACUACCACGACAAAAUGGCUUCCCAUUGUGCCCAGUAAUGGACCAAAUGCAACGAGUUGAAUGGUACACAUUGAAUGUGAAUAUAUUUUUUUACACGGAUGAUUGUUUUUAAUUUGUACAUAGUUUAUUUAUGGUUUUAGCUCUUUUAUUUUUGUGACUAACAAUUAAAACCCAAACUGGAAGAAGUUCAGGAUGGUUGUGUAUCAUGAAUGCCUAUUAGUAUUCAUUUAUGUUGAUUUUUUUUAUAUCUUCAUUAAACUUGACCAUAUCCUGA